UCCGGCAGAUCUUAUCUUGUGCGCCGCAUUUUAUAAGUUCAAAACAAGUUUUUCGAAAUGCUGUCGGAAAAUCAGGGUUCCUGCAUUUCUUUUUGGAUGGUAUUUUCGGACGAUUAGGGUUCCUGCACCUUUUUUCCACUUCAAGCACUGUGUGGGAUGAUGGCUGCCUGGGGAUUAUAUCUUCAUCUGGUGGUCUUAUGUGCAACAGUGUACCAGUCUGUGGCCAAUAGUGUAGACCUGGAGCAAGCAGUUAUUUUCAAUGGAACUGGACCCCGUGAAGACUUCUUUGGGUACAAAGUGCAUCUGUUUCAGUCUGGAACAAAGAAAGGGAUAGUUGUGAGUGCACCACUCCUAAACAAUGGAAGUGGUGGGAUCUUCAUGUGCAAUCACACAAGCUCACACUGUGAGCCUUUUCCCCUGCCGGAAGCCUCCGUAGCGAAUGAAGAAACAGAUUUCGUUAAGGCAGUUGGAAUGACAGUUGCAGUAAGAACAAAGCCAUCUCUCCAGUUCACUGCCUGCAGCCCAGCCUGGGCCCAUGAGUGUGAUGGGACUCCCUACUACAACAGCAUUUGCUAUCAGUGGGGCAAUGCAGAGCCGGUCUCCAACUUCACCUCCGCUUUUAAAGAGUGCACAAAACAGGAUGUCGAUCUAGUAUUCAUCUUCGAUGGAUCUCUGAGUAUGAAAGAUGAGGAGUUUAACAAAAACAAAGAUUUCAUCGCAGCUGUAAUGAAAAGUAUGGAAAACACAUCAAUACAAUUUGCAGCAGCACAGUUCUCAUCAAGCGUCCGAACAGUUUUCACCUUCAAUGACUUCAGGGAAAAGAGAGCCCUGCAAAAGCUGAAAAAUGAAUCACAUAUGAAAAGCCUUACUAACACCCAUAAGGCUAUGCGAUUUGCACUAGAGAAGCUUUUUGAAAAUCAAACAAGUGGGUGUCAACCAAAAGCAACAAAAGUUUUAGUUAUCAUUACUGAUGGUAACCCUUCGGAUAGAGGAGAGGCCAUUAUAAAAAUAUAUGAAGAUAAUCAUAUCAUCCGAUUUGUUAUUGCGGUUGGGAAUGACAUAAAUAUGGCUGUACUCCGAAAACUUGCCUCAGAUAGUUCGAUCGUCUUCUUCAUUCAAGACUAUGCUGGCCUCAGUGGUCUUCUGAAAGACCUAGAGACCAAUUUUUUGAACAUAGAAGGUUCUUCAGACCAUUUCAGACCGGUCCAGGUCUUUGAAAAUGAAUGUUCUCAGAGUGGAAUGAGUGCUGCUUACGCUGAGGAUUCCCUGGUUGUUGGAUCUGUUGGUUCCCACAACUCGAGAGGGUCUCUUCACGAAAUUACGGCCAGCUCCUUACCCGAUCUGGAAAUCAAAGACCCAGACAUGGAGGAAUUUGCCUACAUGGGCUACACCGUUGCCGUUGGGAAAAAGAAUGGUAUUGCAAUGUAUUUUGCGGGUGCCCCAAGAUACAAGCACAAAGGACAGGUCAUUGUUUUUAGUCAAGUUGAAAGCAACUGGAGUGUCAUACAAAGACUUGAAAGUGAACAGAUUGGUUCAUACUUCGGCGGAGAGCUGUGUGCUGUUGACAUUGACUCUGAUGGAACUACUGACUUCCUGAUGGUGGGGGCGCCCCUGUACUAUCACCCCCAGAUAGAGGGCCUCAUGUAUGUUUACGCCCUUGCUGAACAGAAUAUGCUGAAGAAAGUGCAGAUUCGGUCCGCGUCUCCACAGGGCCGUUUCUCGUCCUCCAUUGCCUCCCUGAGAGACCUGAACGGGGAUGGACUUCAGGACCUGGCUGUGGGGGCCCCUCUGGAGGACGACCGUAGGGGAGUGGUGUACAUAUACCUCGGGCAUGGAACUAAGGGGAUCCGCUCAGAUUACUACCAGCGAAUUAGAGCAAGGUCGCUGUCAGAAAGCCUGAGGCAGUUUGGAGUGAGCAUCGAUGGUACAUCUGACACGGACGGACUGACCGAUAUCGUCGUGGGAUCUUAUGGACAGGUCGUGCUACUAAAGUCCAGGCCUGUCUUCAGCGUGUCGGCCCACCUGUCAUUCAGCCCCUCGGAGAUCAGCAUCCUGCAGUUGGACUGCACAGAGGAGGGGGAGACCCUCCCCAUGGUCAACUUGACCCUCUGUUUCCGGAUGAGCGAACAAACCAAUAGCACAACAGAUCGAAUGGCAACAGGGCUGAAGCUGAAGUAUGACCUGGAUGUGGAUCAGGAGAGACAGCGCAGCCGAGCUUUCUUUGCUGCCAAUGACAGCUCCUUGAGAUAUACCCAGACAAUCGUUCAUCUCAACAGCCCCAGCACUUGCAGUAUUCACGCCAUGUUCAUGCUACGCUGUGUGAGGGACACUAUUGCUCCUAUCAUCAUCAAAAUGAACUUCUCCCAAGCUGACAACCGGCAACCGUACGGAGUGUUAAAUGUUGACACUAAGACAGAGGCCAUGGUGAUGGUGCCCUUUCAGACACCAUGUGGAGGUAAUGAUACUUGUGUGGCAGAUCUAAAGUUGGAUUUCAAUUUCACCUCUGCAGCCAUGGUGGUGUUUGCUGAUCAGUAUUUAUCUGUGAAAUUGGUGCUCUCCAAUGAGGGGGACGACUCCUAUAAUACCAGCCUUCGUUUCCAACACCCAGAAGGCCUGUCCCCCUCAAAGAUUGAUGUUAUUAAGCCAAAGAAAAACCCUUUGACCAACUGCACAGAAAGCAAAGAUGCACUUGAUGUGACCGUAUGUGAUGUGAGUUCUCCCAUCUUCCGCAGAAAGAACUGGGUCGUAUUAAUUGUAUCCUUUUAUAUUGAAGCCAGUCUGAAGUGGAGUGAUGUUAUUACACUGACUAUCACGGCACACAGUGACAAUGGAGACCGUGGUAAUGGGACAAUGGGCAGUACCUUCAAGAAUUAUCCUGUAACAAAGAGCCUUCCCGUUGUCCUUCCUGUCCAACUUGAAGUCACCUUCUGGGACGCACCUGGAACCUCUACCACAUUUGUGCCUUUCUCAAUUGAGGACAAAGGACCCAAGACAUUGAACCAUAUGUAUUGGGUUGCUAACACAGGAAGGGUACCUCUACCUGUUACGGUGAGCUUCAUCUUCCCAACGAAACCCGAAGAAGACUUCCGAAUCACUCAUCCCAGAAUUACCAACAACGAAGUGGCCAAAGGCAGCAUGCACUGCACCGACCCACACAGUAUAGUGACCCAGAGCUGUUCCAGGAGUCAAGGCUGCCUCAGGAUUAGAUGUUCCAUUCCCACGUUGAACAGCACAGAAUCGGUUCUGUUCACUCUGUCUGUGAAAGCAUCAAUCAGCCUGAGUCUCAAUGAGUAUACUUUCUCAGAACAAAGAUUGCAGAGGACCUUCACAACUUUUGCAGAGAUCGGUUACAACACAACACGUUACAUACAAUUUGGAUAUGACCAAAAGAAACUUGACAACUUCCCUUGGCAGCAGGGCAAAACCGCCGCUGAAUACAUAGUUCCAAUCCACCUCCCAAUGCCCAUAGGUAUCGCAUGUUUCGGAGGUCUGUUACUGCUGAUUGCUAUACUUCUUGCGCUAUAUAAGGUCAAUGACAUGCACAAAUCGCUCAAACUGCUGCAACAGCUCAACAACACUCCCACCAACAAACAUCUAGCGGAAGACUGUGUGGAUGGUGCGUUGAUGAACAAAAACUACCGGGACCUUCUGGAGGAAGACGCACAGCAUAUGGAGGACGCGCCAUUGGGUGCCCCCUCCCCCUUCUUCUCCCCGUCCCAGGCGGUAGAUGACGCCGAACGUCCACCGCUGAACCUGAGCAUGACGGCUGCAGAGGCAAAGCAGAGUCUUCACUCCAAGACGAGGGCGCCCCCUACGGACUGGAGUGAGAAGAAACGGCUUUUCAGGAACUACUAAAACCAGCUAGCAGCAAUCCCACCAACAACCUCCACAUGAUGACAGACUUUAACCCGUUAAAACAUGGCAUUAUAAAUUUGUUGCUACCAGAGUGGCAAUUACUGAGUCGUAGUGCAUCACUAAAGCCCCUGUGUUAUGUCAUAGUAGAGUAGUACUAUGAUAAAGCAGUGACUAUUACAGCGUGCCUCAGAUGGUACGGCAUGCAAAUGGGCUACGAAAUGUGAAUUGUUUUUCUAUGUGUAUAUGCUAAAUCUGAAUACUGCAUCUUUCAAGUUCAAGUUCAAGAUCAGCCCCUUCGGUGAUAUGAAAAACACAGUUAGGAAUGUGUUUUGUUCACUGAUCACUCCUGGAAGUUGUGGUUGGUCACAUGACAAAGCCCGUGUGAGAAAUGAGAACGCUUAAAGAAGAACAUUCGGCACAGGGCGGAUACGAGCGGAACGCAAGCAGGGAGUCAUGAGUUAGUGCUCAUUAGAUACCAAUCAAACAGUGUGUUGACGUUAUCAAAGACCUCCCAUCCUGCCCAUAGAUUCCCAAACCUCCACCCCUGCAUUCUAUGAAAAGAGGUAAUUCUCUCCAUCGAGUAUGUCAUUCACAAUGUCUGUCCAUUCUGCCACAGUGGGCACAUCUGGCUGCAACCAGUGCCUUGUAAUCUUGUAAUCUUUCUUCCAGCAGAAAUCAAAACCCCAAAUAAAUACUUGUUCAAGUGCACUUC